UGCAGACAUACGAUAUACAAUAUUUUAAAAAGUACUGAAAAACUGGCAGUGUAUUGCAGAAAAUCAUUGGAACACAGCUCCAAACAUGAAAUGUUAUAUCUGUGGUAAUUCCCAAAAUAAUUGCUUCAUAACUAGAAGCAAGUGAUACAAAAGAGAAAAGAAUAUCAAGAGUUUGCAAGAUUAAGUUGUAGGUAAAAUAUCUUAUGCCAUUCUUUGAUAGCUAAGUUACUAUAAUGGCAAGGUUGCAUGUGCAUGUAUGAAGGGCUUGAGUCAGUAGUCUCCGUACUGAAUGACGGAUGAAUGAGAGGUUAAUAACUCCCAUCAUGCAGUAUUUCAAAGUUGCUUAACCUACUUAAAAUACUUAGUACUGCUGAAUCUUAGGGACACAGCUCUUCCAUGUAGUAAUCUUGACUAUUGCAUGCAUGCAUGCAGUUUUAGAUAAAUAAAAAUGCACACUUUUCUGCUGUUUCAUAAUGGAUUAAAAGCUGUGCUGAGCUGGAACCACAUUUUGUUUAUUGGUCUGUGUCAGAUAUUAUUACUUUUCCAAAAAUAAAGAUUACUGAAAAUUGUAUUUGUAAUUGGUAAUACUUAAUCAAAAGUACUUUAUCAACAAAAGUGAGAGUAAUACAAUUAAUCUGUCACUUGGUAAAUUCUUUUCUUGCAGAAAAAUGAGAGAAGUAGAGUAAAUAAUAUUUUGAUUUUAAGAAUAGUUAGUUAAAAAUAGUAACUCCUGCCACAUAGUCUUGUCCCAUGUCUUGUUGUAAAUAUGUUACAGAUCUUUAUUUUUAUCUUCAUUACAUUUGUUACAAUUGUAAGACCUUUGCAUGGGUUUACUGUUUCUUUUGAUACUGUUGGUAUAUUUAGGUGCCUAAAUGAUAGCUGUAUUGCUAUUCUCCUUUGACCCGUUCAUAUCUAAGGGUUGCUGAACAUCUGCGUCAACCAUUGACUUUGUAGGAUUUGUAGGUAGUCUAGUUAGCAUCUGUCAGGUACAGCUGACAAGUGGUUGUUGGGUUGGGGGUGGGGGGUUAAGACUAGAGAUUGAACUACAAACUUUUUUUUUUCUCUUCUUGUACUUAAAGACUAUUAUCCAGAGUGGCUUUCCUCCCACUUUGGGUGACAUCUUUCCUCUUGUGUAUAGUGUAGGUGCCUAAAUACCAUAGUGAUGAGCAUAGUGUAAAUACUAAGUAACUACAUCUUUUAAACUCUCCAGUUGUAUAAGGCAAGACUGUCCUGCUUUGGCAUGAGUGGAAUCGCAUAUGGCACUGGGAACCCUUCCCCACAGUGUGGACAGCAGCUGUGUGUGGCCCCCCCCUGUCCCCUGAGCAGCACCAGUGGCAUGUGGCCCUUCCACCACUGUAUGGCAAAGGGAGAGACAGCUGCAGGGGCUUGCAGGUUGCAUGCAUCCCAAGGGCCACCAGUUGGACAGCCCUGGUAUAAGAUAUGAUUCUCCCAGGUCCAAGGGUAGCCCAGGAUGGCUGCAGCUUCAUAUGAUCAGUUGUUAAAGCAAGUUGAGGCACUAAAGAUGGAAAACUCAAACCUUCGACAGGAAUUAGAGGACAAUUCAAAUCAUCUUACAAAACUGGAAACUGAGGCAUCUAAUAUGAAGGAGGUGCUGAAACAGCUACAGGGAAGCAUUGAAGAUGAGGCAAUGGCUUCUUCUGGACAAAUUGAUUUACUGGAACGACUUAAAGAACUGAACUUGGACAGUAGUAACUUCCCUGGAGUAAAGCUAAGGCCAAAGAUGUCCAUGCGUUCUUUUGGAAGCCGGGAAGGGUCUGUUUCAAGCCGUUCAGGAGAGUGCAGUCCUGUUCCCAUGGGGUCAUUUCCAAGAAGAGGCUUUAUGAAUGGAAGCAGAGAGAGCACUGGUUAUUUAGAAGAACUAGAGAAAGAGAGAUCUCUCUUGCUUGCUGAGCUUGAAAAGGAAGAGAAAGAAAAGGACUGGUAUUAUGCUCAACUUCAGAAUCUGACCAAGAGGAUUGAUAGUCUCCCUCUUACUGAAAAUUUCUCCUUGCAAACAGACAUGACCAGAAGGCAAUUAGAAUAUGAAGCAAGACAAAUCAGAGCCGCCAUGGAAGAGCAACUAGGUACUUGUCAGGAUAUGGAGAAACGGGCACAGGUGAGAGUGGCAAGAAUUCAGCAAAUAGAGAAGGAUAUACUUCGUAUACGACAGCUAUUGCAGUCACAAGCAGCUGAAGCAGAGAGAGCACCUCAAGGGAAGCACGAUGCAGGCUCUCAUGAAACAGAGAGGCAGAAUGAAGGUCAAGGAGCAGCAGAAAUCAGCAUGGCAACUACUGGUAAUGGUCAGGUGUCAGCAGCUCGAAUGGACCAUGAGACAGCCAGUGUGAUGAGCUCUAGUAGUAACUAUUCUGUUCCUCGAAGACUGACAAGUCAUCUGGGUACCAAGGUAACCGAAGAUUACAAACCACAGGUGGAAAUGGUGUAUUCAUUGUUGUCAAUGCUUGGUACUCAUGAUAAGGAUGACAUGUCACGAACUUUGCUAGCUAUGUCUAGCUCCCAAGAUAGCUGCAUAGCCAUGCGUCAGUCUGGAUGUCUUCCUCUCCUCAUCCAGCUUUUACAUGGCAACGAUAAAGACUCUGUGUUGUUAGGAAACUCCCGGGGCAGUAAGGAAGCCCGUGCCAGAGCCAGUGCAGCACUGCAUAACAUCAUUCACUCUCAGCCUGAUGAUAAGCGAGGCAGACGGGAAAUCCGUGUGCUCCAUCUUUUGGAACAGAUACGGGCUUACUGUGAAACAUGUUGGGAAUGGCAGGAGGCACAUGAACAAGGCAUGGACCAAGACAAAAAUCCAAUGCCAGCUCCAGUUGACCAUCAGAUCUGUCCUGCAGUGUGUGUUCUGAUGAAACUUUCAUUUGAUGAAGAACAUAGGCAUGCAAUGAAUGAGCUUGGAGGUUUACAAGCCAUCGCAGAACUGUUGCAAGUGGAUUGUGAAAUGUAUGGGCUAACAAAUGACCACUACAGUGUUACAUUAAGACGGUAUGCGGGAAUGGCUUUGACAAACUUGACUUUUGGAGAUGUGGCAAACAAGGCUACAUUGUGUUCUAUGAAGGGCUGCAUGAGAGCUCUCGUUGCCCAGUUAAAAUCUGAGAGUGAAGACUUGCAGCAGGUCAUUGCAAGUGUUUUGAGGAAUUUGUCCUGGAGAGCAGAUGUCAACAGUAAAAAGACUUUGCGUGAAGUUGGAAGCGUGAAAGCUUUGAUGGAAUGUGCUUUGGAAGUUAAAAAGGAAUCCACCUUAAAAAGUGUACUGAGUGCCUUAUGGAAUUUGUCAGCACAUUGCACUGAGAAUAAAGCUGAUAUAUGUGCUGUGGAUGGUGCUCUUGCCUUUUUAGUUGGCACACUAACAUACCGGAGCCAAACAAAUACUUUAGCCAUCAUUGAAAGCGGAGGAGGAAUACUACGGAAUGUUUCUAGCUUGAUUGCUACGAAUGAGGACCACAGGCAGAUCUUGAGAGAGAACAGCUGCUUGCAAACCUUACUACAGCACUUGAAGUCACACAGUUUGACAAUAGUCAGCAAUGCAUGUGGGACCCUGUGGAACCUCUCUGCACGGAAUGCAAAGGAUCAAGAAGCUCUGUGGGACAUGGGAGCAGUUAGCAUGCUCAAAAACCUCAUUCAUUCGAAGCACAAAAUGAUAGCUAUGGGCAGUGCUGCAGCUUUAAGAAACCUGAUGGCAAACAGACCUGCAAAAUAUAAGGAUGCCAAUAUUAUGUCUCCAGGUUCAAGCUUGCCAUCUCUUCAUGUUCGAAAGCAAAAGGCACUAGAAGCAGAGUUAGAUGCUCAGCAUUUAUCAGAGACUUUUGACAACAUUGAUAAUUUAAGCCCCAAAACAUCUCACCGUAACAAGCAGAGACAUAAGCAAAAUCUGUAUAGUGAAUAUGUUCUGGACUCUAAUCGACAUGACGAUGGAAUUUGCAGGUCAGAGAGUUUUAAUACCGGUAACAUGACUGUACUUUCACCAUAUUUAAAUACUACAGUGUUGCCUGGCUCCUCCUCUUCCAACAGAGGAAAUAUAGAAAACUCUCGGUCGGAAAAGGACAGAAGUUUAGACAGAGAGCGAGCAAUGGGAUUAAACAGCUAUCACACAGCUGCAGAAAGCACUGGGAAUUCUUCCAAGCGAAUAGGAAUGCCAAUCUCAACUGCUGCAGCUCAAAUCGCCAAAGUAAUGGAAGAAGUAACAAAUAUGCAUAUUCCACAAGAAGACAGAAGUUCUGGAUCCACAUCUGAAAUGCACUGCUUGACAGAAGAUAGAAAUGCACUAAGAAGAACAUCCACUGCCCAUGCACAUUCAACUACUUAUAAUUUUCCUAAAUCUGAGAAUUCAAACAGGACGUGUCCUGUGCCUUAUGCAAAAAUGGAAUAUAAAAGAGCUUCAAAUGAUAGCUUAAAUAGUGUCAGUAGCAGUGAUGGCUAUGGCAAAAGAGGUCAAAUGAAACCUUCCAUUGAAUCUUACUCUGAAGAUGAUGAAAGUAAGUUUUGCAGUUAUGGACAAUAUCCAGCUGAUUUAGCCCAUAAGAUACAUAGCGCAAAUCAUAUGGAUGACAAUGACGGAGAACUAGACACCCCUAUCAAUUAUAGUCUUAAAUAUUCAGAUGAACAGUUGAACUCUGGAAGGCAGAGCCCCUCACAGAAUGAAAGAUGGGCGAGGCCUAAACAUAUAAUAGAAGAUGAAAUAAAACAAAAUGAACAAAGGCAGUCAAGAAGUCAAAAUACAUCCUAUCCUGUAUACACUGAAAGUGGUGAUGAUAAGCAUGUGAAAUACCAGUCACCUUUUGGACAGCAAGAAUGUGUUUCUCCUUUCAGAUCAAGAGGUUCCAACAGUUCUGAACAAAACAGAGUAGCUUCUACUCUUGGAAUGAACCAAAAAGUAAACCAGUCCUUGUGCCAGGUUGAUGAUUAUGAUGAUGAUAAGCCAACCAACUACAGUGAGCGUUAUUCUGAGGAGGAACAGGAUGAAGAUGAAGAAGACAGACCAACUAAUUACAGUAUAAAGUACAAUGAAGAGGAACAUCAUGUAGAUCAGCCUAUUGAUUAUAGUCUGAAAUACUCAACAGAAGUCCCUCCAUCGUCUCAGAAGCCAUCUUUCUCUUUUUCAAAAAGUUCAUCUGUACAGAGCAUUAAAACUGAUCAUAUCUCAUCAGGUAGUGGAAACACGUCAACUGCUUCAGCCAGCUCAAAGAGACAGAACCAGCUUCAUCCAAGUUCUGCACAGAGUAGAGGGGGUCAUGCUCAGAAGUCUGCUUCCUGUAAAACUCCUUCCAUCAAUCAGGAAACCAUACAGACUUAUUGUGUGGAAGAUACACCAAUAUGCUUUUCACGAUGUAGCUCUUUGUCAUCUUUGUCAUCAGCAGAAGAUGAAAUAGGACGUGAUCAAGCCACCCGUGUAACAGAUGCAAAUAACACUCUGCAAAUAGCAGAACUAAAAGAAAGUAGUGGGCCUCUAUCUACUGAAGGCACAGUAAGUGAAGUCACAUCAACAACACAACAUAUUAGAACAAAAUCCAAUAGAAUUCAGACUUCUAGUUUAUCUCCCUCUGAUUCAUCUAGACAUAAAGCUGUUGAAUUUUCUUCAGGUGCCAAAUCUCCCUCAAAAAGUGGUGCUCAGACUCCAAAAAGCCCACCAGAACAUUAUGUGCAGGAGACUCCACUUAUGUUUAGCAGAUGUACCUCUGUAAGUUCCCUGGAUAGUUUUGAAAGCCGUUCAAUUGCUAGUUCUGUUCAAAGUGAGCCUUGCAGUGGAAUGGUAAGUGGUAUUAUAAGCCCCAGUGACCUUCCAGAUAGCCCUGGACAAACAAUGCCACCAAGUAGGAGUAAAACACCACCACCUGCUCAAGCAGUUCAGGUAAAGAGGGAAACAGCUAAAGGCAAAGUAUCUAAUGCUGAGAAGAGAGAAUCUGGCCCCAGACAGGCAGCUGUAAAUGCAGCGGUUCAAAGAGUUCAGGUAUUGCCAGAUGCUGAUACCUUGUUACAUUUUGCUACAGAAAGUACACCAGAUGGGUUUUCAUGUUCAUCCAGCCUAAGUGCUCUGAGUCUUGAUGAGCCAUUUAUACCGAAAGAUGUAGAAUUAAGAAUAAUGCCUCCUGUACAUGAAAAUGAGCAUGGAAAUGAAACAGAACCUGAACAGCCAGAUGAUACAAAGGAUAACCAAGAGAAGAAAACUGAGAAACCCACUGAAACAGAAAAAGAUAUACUAGAUGAUUCUGAUGACGAUGACAUUGAAAUAUUGGAAGAGUGUAUUAUAUCUGCAAUGCCAACAAAAUCUUCACGCAAAGCCAAAAAGCCUUCUCAAACUACUGCUUCAAAAAUACCUCCUCCUGUAGCCAGGAAGCCAAGCCAGCUGCCAGUGUACAAACUUCUCCCUUCACAAAACAGAAUGCAGUCUCAAAAACAUGUUAGUUUUACACCUGGAGAUGAUAUGCCCCGAGUGUACUGUGUUGAGGGUACACCAAUAAAUUUUUCAACUGCUACAUCUUUGAGUGAUCUCACAAUAGAAUCGCCACCAAAUGAGUUGGCCAAUUUGGAAAAUGUGGGUACAGGGACCAAGUCAGGUGAAUUUGAAAAGAGAGAUACUAUUCCUACGGAAGGCAGAAGUACAGAUGAUGCUCAAAGAGGGAAAAACUCAACUGCAACUACCUCAGGAUUGGAUGAUGACAAGACAGAAGAAGGUGAUAUUCUUGCGGAGUGCAUUAACUCUGCUAUGCCAAAAGGAAAAAGCCACAAGCCUUUUAGGGUGAAGAAGAUAAUGGAUCAAAUUCAGCAAGCAUCUUCAUCUCUAACUAGUAAAAACCAACCAGAUGGUGAGAAAAAGAAGCCGACAUCACCAGUAAAGCCUAUGCCUCAAACUAAUGAGUACAGAGCACGCAUAAGAAAAAACACAGAGCCAAAAAGUAAUGUUAGUAGUGAACGAAGUUAUUCAGACAACAAAAAUGCAAAGAAACAGAACCUCAAAAAUAACUCAAGAGACUUCAGCGAUAAGCUUCCAAAUAAUGAGGAACGUGUAAGAGGAAGCUUUGCAUUUGAUUCACCUCAUCAUUACACACCUAUUGAGGGGACUCCCUAUUGUUUUUCACGGAACGAUUCCCUAAGUUCGCUAGACUUUGAUGAUGAUGAUGUUGACCUUUCUAGGGAAAAGGCAGAAUUAAGAAAAGGAAAAGAAACUAAGGAAACAGAAACAAAAGAGUGUACCAAUAUAGAACAGAUUUCAAAUCAGCAGUCAACUAAUAGGUCACAAGCUUGUCAAAAACACCCACCAGGCAGAAAUCAGCCAAAAACUUUCCCACAGUCAUCCAAAGAGAUCCCAGACAGAGGAGCAGCUACAGAUGAGAAAAUGCAGAAUUUUGCUAUUGAAAAUACCCCUGUUUGUUUUUCUCGCAAUUCAUCUCUGAGUUCUCUUAGCGAUAUUGAUCAAGAAAACAACAACAACAAGGAAAGUGAACCUACAAACCGGACUGAAGCUCCUGAUUCACAGAUGGAACCAAGCAGACCGCAAGCUUCUGGUUAUGCACCCAAAUCAUUUCAUGUUGAAGAUACACCUGUGUGUUUUUCUAGAAACAGCUCCUUAAGUUCCCUUAGUAUUGACUCAGAAGAUGACCUUCUGCAGGAAUGUAUUAGUUCUGCCAUGCCCAAAAAGAAAAAACCCUCAAGAAUAAAAAGCGAAGGUGAAAAGAAUAGUUCUAGAAAUAUGGGAGGCAUAUUAGCAGAAGAUCUGACCCUUGAUUUGAGAGAUAUUCAAAGGCCUGAUUCAGAGCAUGGUUUUUCACCUGAUUCAGAGAACUUUGAUUGGAAAGCUAUUCAGGAAGGUGCAAAUUCUAUAGUUAGCAGCUUACACCAAGCUGCUGCUGCUGCUUCACUGUCUAGACAAGCUUCAUCAGACUCUGAUUCCAUUCUUUCACUAAAAUCAGGCAUUUCUUUAGGCUCACCCUUUCAUCUUACACCAGACCAAGAAGAAAAGCCCUUUACUAGUAAUAAAGGUCCAAGAAUUCUUAAGCCAGGGGAGAAAAGUACAUUGGAAACUAAGAAAACUGAAACUGAAAGUAAAGGAAUUAAAGGAGGAAAGAAAGUUUAUAAAAGUAUGAUUACAGGGAAGGUUCGCUCUAAUUCAGAAGUUUCAAGCCAGUUGAAGCAGCCCCAGCAAACAAAUAUGCCUUCAAUUUCACGAGGUAGAACAAUGAUUCAUAUUCCAGGAGUUCGAAAUAGCUCCUCAAGUACAAGUCCAGUUGCCAAGAAAGGGCCUCCACUCAAAAAUAACAGCUCCAAAAGUCCCAAUGAAAACCAGAGUUCCACUAGUUCCCCAAGAGGAGCUAAAUCAACAGUGAAGACUGAGCCAAGUCUUAUAACCAGGCAGCCAUCUCAACAGGGUGGAUCAAGUAAAGGACCUUCAAGGUCAGGAUCUAGAGAUUCCACUCCUUCCAGACCUCAACAGCAGCCCUUAAGCAGACCUCUGCAAUCUCCAGGUCGAAACUCAAUUUCCCCAGGAAGAAAUGGUAUAAGUCCUCCUAACAAACUGUCCCAGCUGCCAAGGACAUCGUCCCCCAGUACAGCUUCAACUAAGUCCUCAGGUUCAGGAAGAAUGUCAUACACAUCACCAGGCAGACAGAUGAGCCAGCAAAACCUUGCUAAGCAGACAGGAUUACCUAAAAGUGCCAGUGGCAUUCCCAGAAGUGAAUCUGCUUCUAAAGGAUUAAAUCAAAUUCUUAGUAGCAGUGGAUCAAACAAAAAAGCUGAAAUAUCUAGAAUGUCAUCCACAAAGUCCAGUGGAAGUGAAUCUGAUAGAUCGGAGAGACCUGUAUUAGUGCGCCAGUCAACUUUUAUUAAAGAAGCUCCAAGUCCAACACUUAGAAGGAAAUUAGAAGAGUCUGCUUCAUUUGAAUCUCUAUCUCCUCCUAGACCAGAUUCUCCUACCAGAUCCCAAAUACAGACCCCAGUUUUAAGUCCAUCACUUCCUGAUAUGUCUUUAUCCACUCAUUCAACUGUUCAGACUAGUGGUUGGCGAAAAUUACCCCCUAACCUGAGUCCUUCUAUAGAGUAUAAUGAUGGGAGGCCAGCAAAACGUCAUGAUAUCGCUCGUUCUCAUUCUGAGAGCCCAUCUAGACUACCAAUCAAUAGAUCAGGGACAUGGAAGCGCGAGCACAGUAAGCAUUCUUCAUCACUUCCCCGUGUAAGCACUUGGCGAAGAACUGGUAGUUCUUCCUCAAUUCUGUCUGCUUCUUCUGAAUCCAGUGAAAAGGCAAAAAGUGAAGAUGAAAAGCAACAUGGAGGUACUUUUUCUGGACACAAGCAAACUAAAGAAAGUCAAGCACCAGCAAAAGGGACUUGGAGGAAAAUAAAGGAAAAUGAAAUUCCUCAGAUAAUGAAUAAUCCUGCCCAGAAUUCCUCCUCAGGUGCUACAAAUGGUGCUGAUACAAAAACUUUAAUUUACCAGAUGGCACCUGCUGUGUCUAAGACAGAGGAUGUCUGGGUGAGGAUUGAAGACUGCCCUAUUAAUAAUCCUAGAUCUGGAAGAUCACCCACAGGAAAUACCCCCCCAGUUAUUGACAGUGUUUCAGAGAAGGGGAAUGCUAAUGGUAAAGAUUCUAAAGAGGUUCAGGAAAAACAAAAUGCAGGAAACGUUCCUGUCCGCACCAUUGGGUUAGAAAACCGCCUGAAUUCAUUCAUUCAAAUAGACAGUCCAGACAAGAAGGGAACUGAAACAAAACCUGUGCUGAAUAACCCCCCUCCUGCACCAGAGACCAACGAAAGCACUGUUAGUGAACGUACACCAUUCAGUUCCAGUGGCUCAAGCAAACACAGCUCUCCUAGUGGAGCUGUUGCAGCAAGAGUGACUCCUUUCAACUACAAUCCAAGUCCUAGAAAGAGCAGUGCAGAUAAUGGUUCUGCUCGACCAUCCCAGAUACCAACCCCAGUAAAUAACAGCACAAAGAAGCGAGAUUCAAAGACUGAAAAUACAGACUCUAGUGGAACUCAGAGUCCAAAACGUCAUUCUGGGUCUUACCUGGUGACUUCUGUUUAAAUACAUUUUGGAAUAAAAGAAAACCUGAUGUAUUAUUUACAACAGUUAUGUAGAAAUUUUGUUUCAAAUGAAACUUUAAAAGACUUGGGGGAAGUUGGGUUUUUGGUUUAAUUUUGUUUUUAUUUUUUUUUGUAUAUAGGUUUGAUUCUUGUAGAGGGUCCUUGUUCUGGAAGCCAUAUUUGAUAGUAUACUUUGUCUUCACUGGUAAUAUUUUGGAGGGUACCUGAUUGAUAGUUUGGAAUAAAAUCACUAAAGCAAGUAUAUUUGUACAGUAUGUUUUACAUGUAUUUAAUUAGCAUCCCAUCCCAUGAUCCUUUAAAUAUUGCUUGUCUGGAAAUAAUGAACACAACAGAUAGAAGUAAUACAGAUAUAUUGCUGUAUCAAUCAUUUCUAGAUUACAGACUGACUAAACUACAUCAGGGAAAAAUUGGUAUUAUUUAUGCAAAAAAUAUACUCAGUUUUAGUAUUUGUGAAUCCAUCUAACCCUAUAAUUAAUCAUGUGGCUGUGAAAUUCACAGUAAUAUGGUUUCUGCUGAACAAGCUUUCCCAGCCUGCUUUUCUGCAUGAAUGAAACUGAUGGUUCAUUUUCUGAAGUAAUGAUUAACAAUUCUGUGGUCACAUAAUGUGCAUAGAUAGCUAUGGUGUAACAAUUUACACUUUCUUUGUGCUCUGCAAAAAAGGAAGUCUGUGUAACUGUAAAAUCUUGAACAAAAUUAUUUUAUCUGAAUUAGAUUUUAUCUGAAAGUAGGUAGAAUUUUUGCUAUGCUGUAACUUGUUGUAUAUUCUGGUAUUUGAGGUGAGAUGGCUGCUCUUUUAUUAAUGAGACAUGGGUGAUGUCUCAACAGAAACUAAAAUGAACAUUUCAGAAAUAAAUUAUUACUGUAUGUAAAUCUUGCGUGUUACUUCUGCAUUCUUGAAAAAAUCAAUAAUUUCAUUAUGAGAUUUUUUGAUAUGUCACCUUAAAAUGUUGUGUAAUGCACUUAAACUUAAGGCCUGAUCCAGCAGAAUCCUAACAAACGCACACAUUCGCGUGAGCUGUCUCCCCUGUCUCCUAUAAAUGGCUGUACCAGAUUCACAUGAGGAUUGUGGGAUCAAGCCCUAAGUCUUCUGUAAAUAUUUGCAAGUGAAAGAUUUUCACACUUCUCGUGUGUAGGAAGGCUAAAGGCAGGCUAUUUCCACCAGACAAGUGUAGCUUUCUUUUCACAUCUACGCAGUCUGAAAAGAGCAUUUUGUGUUUAUAAAAUGUGAUUUUUUUUUUUAAUUGGGGAAAAUGUCAUAUAUGACAUUGGGAAUCUAAGAUGAAAUUUUAAUCCUAUUUUAAGUCUAUUUUAAAAUGAGGGGGAAAAAUUAAAGGGUCGAAAAAAACCCACAAGCAGCCCAUAGAUAUUAAAUCUUUAUUGUCAUGGUAGAAAAUUAGCUUUAUACCUGAAUCAUGGUAUUUACUGCCUGAAGCCUUUUUGAAUAUGGUUUGUGCUAAAUAAAUCUGGAAAGAAACUGUGUUUUAAAAACAUAUAUUUAUUUUGACUGUAGAUACAUUUUUGGUUUAAGGUAGAGACACAUGUUAAACUGUUUCAGAUGGAAAUCCUCUGAUAACAUGGCAGUUAAGUGCCUCUACAUAAAUAUGUUAACAUGUUUGUGCAUGAUUAAUCAAACCAAGAGUAGCAGUUCAGUUCUUCUGUAACCCUCAACCAGUUUGGUUAUUACAUAGUCCUUAGUCUAGCUAUUUGGUACCAUAAUUUGGGAUCUCCUGACUUCAGCUGCUUGGGGAUGACAUACUUAUUACAGAAUGCUGAUUUAACAGUUGUUUUAAGACCGUUGUACUGAGCAUGUGAGAUCCACAGGCACAAUCUAGCAUAGAAAUUAAUCUAUUUUAUCUCACAUUCCUCAUAUUUAUGACCUGUAUUGUUUCCAAACAACAAGCCACUUGCAGAGAAAAUAAGGCAUUCCCAUCAAAGUCAUACUUAUACUGAAUGAAGACUCCAAAGCCCUCUGACAAGAAGGGAACAUCACUUUAAGAAGGGAGCGGGGUUUUUGGGGCUGUGUUUUAAACUUUCUCCCACAUCCUAUUUGUUUACUAAACCGGUUCUGGAGGUACAGUUUUGGUACACAUAUUGGCAUUUCUAAUAAUAAAUAAUACUUGAAAUUUCUAUAACUCCUGAGAUAAUCUUAAACUCUUUCAGAAACUCACACCACCUCUGAGAUAAAUACUAUGGCUAUCCUUUUAUAGAUGAAGAAAGUGAGGUGCAAGAAGAGCUUGUGACUUGCUCAAGGGCACUGUGGAAGGCUACAGACUAGAACAUGCAUCAGUGGUAUAGUAUCUCUUUUUAUGCCUGGCCUUUUAAUGCUUAUGUCAAGGCAUACUAUAAUAGUACAAGGUGCUCAACUGACACUAGUUCUGUACCUACUUUCUGUUAAAUCUCACCCUUAUAAUGAAGCUCAAUUUUUCAACUGUAUAAUUAAUCUACAUUAUGAAAGAUGAAGUGAAGAUUAGAGUUAAACUUUGAGUACCACGGAUAAGGGAUUGUUCCUGGAACAUUGUCAUGUGUUUCAUAUCGGAUUUAACACAUGUAACAUUUCCCCACCCUUGUAGUUAGACAGGUUUUCCAAAUAUCUCACCUAAAUUUGCAGCAAGAAGAAUUUAAGUCAGAUACUAAAAAAUACUUCCUAAUCUAUUCUAAUACUGGAACAGACUACCUAAGGAGGUCAUAGGAUCUCCUUCAUUAGACCCUCCUUAGUUGGAGAUUAGUGAUAGAUUGUGGAAUUUCCUUAACUGGAGGUUAGUUGGACAUAUCAGGGGUUCUCAACCAGGGUGUCACUACACCUGAGGGUGCCUUGAGAUCCUCUUAGGAGUGCUGCAGAGUGCCACAUAGUAUUAGCACUGUUAGAUGUGAAACAUGAUUCACAAAAUAAACCCUGAGAUUUCAAAUAGGAAUCCAUAAUGUUUAAAGCAUUCUGGCCUUUUGUGGUCUUUCUGAGUUUUUCAAAACCAAAGAAUUGCUCUAAUUUUUGUUGUAGUCAAAAAUAAAGUAAAAACUAAGAGCUAGGUAGCAUUUUCCAAAGGGGAUGCCUUGAUUCUAGUGAUAGGUGCCUUGAGUCUAACAAAGUUAAGGACCACUCAUCUAGGCAUAUCUGAUCACAGUUUAAAGCGAGGGAAUGGACUAGAUGAUCUCAAGAUCCCUUUCAGACCUACAUUUCUAUGAUGCUUUAUCCAAGUGUGCUAUCCACUGUUCAAGGACACAUGCCAGUGUUCAAGGACAUUCCCUCAUCCUUGUAUACAUUAACUCUAGCUUUCCUACCACAGUUCAGCUAUAAAAAUGGCUGCUGACCAUAUAAAAUCAGGAGACUGGUGGUAGGACAAACAUUCAGGUACUAGAUCAGUGGUUCUCAACUUUCUUAGACUGAAGAAGGCACCUGUUAGACUCACAGCACCCCUCAGAAAAUACCAGCUCUUAGUUUUCACUCGAUUUUUGAUUACAGAAAAUAGAACAAUUCUUCUGUUGCCAAGAUAUCAAAGACCACAACUGGGCUGGACAGAAUGGUUUUAACACUAUGUAUUCCUAUUCGAAACAGUUCAUCUUGUGAAUCAUGCUGACAAACCUAACCGUGCUAACAUUGUGUGGUACCUCAUGGCACCCUUGAAAGUCUCUCAAACACCCUGGUUGACAAUCAGUGUGUUAGAUGUUGGGCGAUAUUUUAGGUUUUGUUUUUGUUUGUUUGCUUUUUCCAUAAUGGUAAUUUGAUUUAUGCUGCUUUAUAUUUAUUCUUGCUUCCUUACUUCUGCCUAGUUUCUGCUGAGCCAUCAAACCAGUUUAGAGAAGCUUGUUUGCUUCCAGCCAUGGACAAAAAGAAGGCAAGAAGCUGAGGAGAACAAGUUUCACUUUUCUGUUCUCCUUGGUAUAACUGCACUUCCCCCCUCACCCACUGCCAAUUUUGGUAGAACUGCAAUGAUUCUUCUCCAUAGCUUACAAAUUGGCUUAUUUUGAACUUGUAUAAAAAUAUCAACCUUGAAAUAUGCUCAUAUAACUGAACUUGAAUUUACAGUUUUGUCAUCUUGAUGUGAAAAAUAGCAAUGUUAUAACAAAAAACCUGCAAAUAAUCAGUUCACUUUUUAGAAUGUACAUGCAUUCUAAUUUAACUUUAAAUGCUAUUUAAAUAGUCCAUAGCUAAGUUAUACAGUAGCUAGCUUUCCAUUUUAAUGCUGAUAUUCACCAUGGCACUACAGUUUAUAGAAACUAAACUAAUCUAACUUAAAUUUCUUAUGUGCAGUCUUUUGCUAAAAAUUAAUUCUCUCUGAGAAAACUUUAGGGGGUUAAUCCUUCAAUCUGUUUGUCAGAUAUACAUAUUUUUGGAACACUGUUAAACAGAAAUGGCUUGGUUUCUCAACUGAAAAAUAACUUACGCUGUUUUCUUCCAUGUGGGCUAGUAUCCCAAAUUAUUUUUGGAAAACUUUGCAGGAAAAAAAGAUUAUUCUCCACCAAACUGUGAAAUGAAUUGAUAUUCUCCAAGUCAUUGUGAUCUUUCCUAUUGUAGGUAACGCACAUAAAUCUCCAGAUUACUUUCUUUUAUUUAAAACUUAACUUGUGUGUCCUGGGAUGGAUUUUUUUUUAAGUCAAUUGUUCAGGGGAAAAAAUUCCUACCCUAAUAAAAAUUCUACCCACAGGAAGUUCUGAAAGAGUGGUCUGAUGGUAUAUUGAAAAGUCUUAAGUUUAGUUUGCUUCUGAUCUAUUGUCUUUAUUCACCUAGUGCUCAUAUUGAAUUUAUAUAUUCCCUGGCAGGAGAGCACUUCUUUAAAGUCCUAGGGUGGUUCUUCCAUCUAAAUAGAGCCUUGUAUUACCUACAUUGAUGCCCUGCAGGGUUUCUAUCCACUUGCAUGCCAACCGUCCCUGUUCAUGGUGAACCAUGUAUUGUAGAUAAAGCUGUGGACAAGAAGAGAAACAUCACCCAAGUACAAACAUUAUUUUCUUCUGUAUACUGGAAAACCCUCUUCAUACCUACCAGAUUAACCAAAUGUACUCAUUCCUCAUUUCUACCACCAACUCAUUAGUACUUCUAAGGUAUAACCAAUCUCAAUGCCCACAUCAAAUUUCUGGGUCAUGCUCAAACAUGCUUCAUACUUUCUCAUGUAAAAAUAACAGAUUUCAUUUAUAAAUAUAUGCCUCUACAUGUUUACAGAUACAUAGUUGCAGUUGGAAUUAAGGUGGAGGUCUAAGCCAGAAAAAAGGACUUUGGGUGUAUUGUGGUUGGUUAUAUGUUGGAAACAGGGAAUUUCUUGUGAUGAAGUAUCUGGGAGUGCAUAUAAGUUAUGUGUUGUUUAUAGCUUACGUAUUUAAAUUAAGAUGGCCUUAAUUGGUGAUAUUUACUUAAAUAUAAAUGUGGACUUGAUGCCCAUGUUUUCUAAGGUCAACCCUGACCUUUCAGGAUCAGUCAAUACAUGCUUAAUACAGAAAGGCCUUUCCUUCAGUUUUGUUCUUCGCUUCUGUUUGAGACUUUGUUGCUAAUACCUUAACUCUGUAAUGAAUCCUUCCUUGAACAGUAUUUUGGUGUAUUUUCUAUAAUAUUAUUAUAAUUCUGGAUUUGGGCUUGCUAUGCAUAAUUUAUUACUUGCAGUGUUAUAUAAAAUUUCCUCUUGAUUGCA